UCUGGCAACGCGAUUCUGAAACGUCAAAUUUGACAUUCAAAAUCAAAACAUCAAGUCAUGAAAUAACAUCAUUUGGUCAAAUUAUGUUUGUAUCAUUCAAAAAUGUAUUUAGAAAAACCAUUUUCGCAAGAUCUUACUGCCAAAGGGCCGCAAAAAACGAUAGAAAAACAAUGGGGAUUAUAGUAAUUGGGGAUGAAAUUCUUAAAGGCGAAGUGCAGGACACGAAUUCGGCGUUUUUGGCGCAGGAAUUACACAAAUUAGGGUUAAAAUUACAAAAGAUUUCGGUUAUAGGUGAUGAAAUCAACGAUGUAAGCCAGGAAGUGAGGUUAUUCUCUGGUAAAUAUGAUUAUGUAAUUACAUCAGGGGGAAUAGGGUGUACCCACGAUGAUAUAACUUUUGAAGCUGUUGCCAAAGCUUUUAAUGUACCUUUAUAUGAACACCCUGAACUAAGGAAAUUGUGUUUUAAAUUUUAUAAAACUGAAAACCCAGACAGUCCAGGAUUGAAGUUAGCCAGGGUUCCGUCAAUAGCAAAACUAAACUGGGAAACAUCUGCAGGCUACCAAAUAAAUUAUCCCAUAAUUUCAGUUAACAAUAUUUACAUAUUUCCCGGUAUUCCACAAUUGCUGAGAAAAGCAUUUUUGGCGUCUAGUAAAGUUUUAUUUAGAACUGAUUCGCAAUUUUUUACAAAAAAUAUAUUCUGUAAUGCCACCGAAGAUAAAAUUGUCGAUAUACUAAAUACGGUUGUACAAGAAUAUCCACAGGUUCAAUUUGGGUCUUACCCUAAAUUAAACGAUAGCGAAUAUAAAGUAAAGUUAACCAUCGAGUCAAGUAAAGAAGAUUUAACAGAAAAAGCUUACCAAAAACUUCUUGAUUUACUGCCAAAAGGCUUCAUUGUAAAAUAAUUUGACCAAAUAAAUCAUGCACAACAAAACUGAAUUUUUUGUUAUA